GCACAAAGUUAAGACAGCUCAUCGCCUUUCGCACCGCUAGUUAUUGCGCAGAUGGUGACACUUUGUCCAGUGUAGCGAAACCAAUCGACCGUAGACCGCACCCAAUCCCGCAACUGGAAGGCAACUAUGCCCUGAAUUCUCCCCAUUUGAAACUGCAACCACGCUUAUGAAUACCACUGAUGCACUUGGUCCUCCAAUUCUCUUUCCGUUCCUGAGUCAUUUCGGCUGGUUAUUCUUGCUUCGUAGGGGCUUCUGCUUACUACAAACUGCCCGAGCUCUGGGUCCCAAGGGGACUAGUAUUCUGUCGUGUCCGUUGUCAGACGAAACCUAUGUGCAGUUCAAUCGUCGGUAUCCUGGUCGACCACUCUUCACAUCGUCUUCUGGUAUUUUUGACCGAGGCGGAGGCUUCUAUUCGACACCUAUUGACCUCGUCAAGCACUCUCUCAGUACCGCGUUCACUCUUGGCUUGGAGCCUGCCAUACAAUCGCCCGACCCACGGGGGGCCUUCAACACAAGGGAAAUCACCAUUCAUGGCAUACCCUUCUUACUGCAAAAUACUUUGCAUAUCUCCUGUGACCUUGAAGGUCGUGGGUUGUUUUAUUCUGCGACAAGAAACAACCUGUCUUCGACUGCGACACAUCCCAGAGCAUCCCAGAGGAUGUAAUCAUCAAACUUUCAUGGGAGCAUGCAACGUUGGAAAACUCCGACAUCCUCUAUCGUCGGGCUGAGCGACACGGCGUGCAUGGAGUAGCCCAGCUGUAUUGCUCCCACCCUGGGACGCCUUUCAGAAGGUCCCAGAACUCCACUCAACAGAAUACAUUAUCAAGAUCGGGAGCUGCGAGUGCAAGUACUGGGACCGUCAUGCAUUCCACUUUACCGCACUCUCCCCAUCAAAGACUU